AUGAAAAAGAGAGGUGAGAAGCUUGCAGACAAUCCGCAGACGCUGUCUGAAUCAUAUGUGCCAACCAAAGGACCAGUUGACCCGAAGACAAACUCAAAGGUGUGGAGGCUGGGAUACCGGUGUCGUGCGGUGUACUCCGAGGAUGGCCUGGUUUACCCAGCGGUGCUGGUGUGGUUGAGAGGCGAACGCUGCCGGGUGAAGUUUGAAGGCUUCGGGAAUGAGGAAGAGCUGGAGCUGAGCAGCCUGCUAUCUCCAGUAGAACUGGGAGGCCACAGAGGAAGAGUUGAUGCCAAAGUGCAACAAGGGGCUGUUGAUGGGUUCAGCUCCACUAGUAACAACAAUGCUGAUUGGAAGAGGAUGGAAAGAGAUUGGAGGACAGCUCAACAAGAGGGACCAGAGGAGCUGUCCUCACCUCAGCCACCUAAGUUUGCUCCAGGAAAAGACUAUGGCAAAAGCAGCUAUGACUUUGGCAAGGAGCAUGGGGAUAAGAAGAAGCCAAGUGGCCGGCGAAAGGACUUUCUGCCUCCUCCUCCACCUCCACCGUGUGUAUGGCCCCCCCGAGCAGUGCUUGCCGAUGCUAGCGAUGGGCUAGACUCAGCCGUGACAGACAUAUCCAGCAUGCUCCUGUCCUGGUACCUGUGUGGCUACCACACCGGCUGCUACAUGGCAAUUCAACAGACGAAAACAAGUUGCAGGAGGGCUGAUAAAGAGAAACAGGCAGAGGAAUAAGUGUGAUGCGGCUCAGCAAUGUGCAGUUGGCAAAGGUGCAAGAAUUGGGAAGUUGUGCGAGUGUUCACGGGGAACGAGGGAAUCGAGGAUGACAGCUACCAUCUGAUCAAUCAUCACACAGUAUGUGGACAAAUAUUGUUUUCUCAAAUGUUUCUCUUUUAGAUAUGUAAAUGUUUGAGAAUUGAAUAAACGUUUUUGAAGACUUCUCUUUAAUUAAAGAAGUAAACGUCUUUACUACCUACAUCUCUGCAUUGAAAAUGUUGGGAGAUAUUACUCUAGAGGGCGCAACAGAGCUGAAAUUUCAAGAGGCAAAAAAUGUCCACGUGUGAAAAGGAAACUACCACCUAUUUUUAUUAAUAAUAAUAAAUACAAAU